GCCGUGGAGGGGAAUAUGGAUAACUUCAUGGUGCAGAUUAAGAACUUGGCGCAGUCGCUGUACCCGUGCUCUGCGCAGAAACUGGAGCAAGACAUGAAGCUGCACUUUGUCAAGAAUGCGUCUGUGACGUGCAAUGAUGGGUCGCCUGCAGGGUACUACAUCAAGGAGUCAAAAGGAAGCAAGAGGUGGCUGCUGUUUUUAGAAGGUGGAUGGUACUGUUUCAACAGGCAGACCUGUGUCAGUAGGUAUGAGACCAUGAGGAGACUGAUGAGCUCCACCGAGUGGCCACAAACCAGAACAGGAACGGGAAUUCUGUCUCCCCAGCCAGAGGAAAACCCGCACUGGUGGAACGCCAACAUGGUGUUCAUCCCAUACUGCUCCAGUGACGUGUGGAGCGGAGCCACCCCAAAGACACAUCACAGUGACUAUGCGUUCAUGGGCUCACUGAUCAUUAAGGAGGUCGUGAAUGAGCUUCUGACAAAAGGUCUGGACAACGCCAAGGUUCUUCUUCUGGCAGGAAGCAGUGCGGGCGGCACAGGGGUCCUGCUGAACGUGGACCAUGUUGCUGAGCAGCUGCAGUCACAGGGCUACACGGGGGUGCAGGUGAGGGGCCUGGCGGACUCCGGAUGGUUCCUGGACAACAAACAGUACAAGUUCACAGAGUGCCUGGACACCAUCAGCUGUGCCCCCACUGAGGCCAUAAAGAGAGGUGUCAGGUACUGGGGCGGGCUGGUUCCUGAAAGCUGCGGACAGGCCCAUGUUGGAGAGGAGUGGAACUGUUUCUUUGGAUAUAAAGUUUACUCCUCGUUAAAAAGCCCAGUGUUCGUGGUGCAGUGGCUGUUUGAUGAGGCCCAGCUGACUGUGGACAACAUCCACCUGACGGGACAACCCGUCCACGAGGCCCAGUGGAGGUACAUAGAGACCCUGGGGCAGGAGCUGAGGAGCACGCUGCGGGACGUACCGGCGAUGUUUGCUCCGGCCUGCUUGUCUCAUGAGCUCAUAACCAGAAGUUACUGGAUGGACAUUCAGGUGAAGGGCACCUCUCUGCCCCGCGCCCUCCACUGCUGGGACCGCAGCCUCCAGGACAACCUCCACAUCAACGGCAGCCACGGCAACCACAGCCACCACAGGCACAAGACCCCGCCCAUGAGGGGUUGCCCCCAGCAUCUGAUUGACAGCUGCCCGUGGCCUCACUGUAACCCCACCUGCCCGACCAUCCGGGACCAGCUGACGGGACAUGAAAUGAGUGUGAUCCAGUUCCUGAAGCACUUGGGCUUCGAUGUGCAGAAGAUGGCUCAGCAGCAGGGCAUGGACCCCAGGAGGCUGCUGGGAAUUCUAAAUAAUGGGAACUGA